AUGGAUGAUGAGAAUCUGACUCAAUCCCGUGUGGCAACCUCGACUCGAUCGCGUCUUCCGCAACCUGGGCUACGCGAGAUGACCUCGUCGACAACAAAUUCGCGGUCUGGCAUCCUACCGCCCGGCAGCAUCGCCAAGCAGGCCGCCAGUGUUUCCCCUACCCGACCCAAAGCCCCCAAUCCCACAGACACCAAGCGAUCCGGAUCUGCGUUGCGACAGCCCACAAACACGACAAACACACACACCCGCGGCCACUCUUAUGCCUCGUCGACUAUGUCCCGAACUGGUUCGACAGCCUCCCGCUCCAUCAAUGCCGGUUUUUCUUCCACCAUCGGCUCUGGCAGCACUCGUCCUACCUCGGCGAUGUCGCGACCAAACCCUUCUGUCGGCCCCCGCAAGUUGAAUGGUUCCUCAAUGCCUCGUCCCGCUACGUCAAUGGAUACCCGCGCCGAUGAGAAUGCGGGCAGUGUACUCGGAAAACGGAAAGGUGAGGACUCCCUUCCUUCUUAUCGCCUUCAUUCUUGCCCCGAUGUUCUUGCCCAAGGAUUCGAUAUGAGCGACGUGCGCAACGAGAUCUCAUCGUCCUUACCGACCUCUGCCAGUCAGAUUGAUGCAUUGUCCACAACGUUGUCUCAAAUCAACCUGAAUGAAGAUGGCCCCCGAAAGCCUGCCAUUUGGCCACCUCCCAAGAAACCCCAAGCCUACCCUAUCCCAUCCACUCCAAAUCGGCUCGACGGUCCCUCGCGGGUUCCCGUUGCGACCCCAUCUAAGCCCUCCAAGCCGCAAUCAUUCAUGACUCCCCAAAGAAGCCCUCACAAACAAAUCAUGCCACUAUUCCUUACCAAAGAUUCAUCGACUCGAGGUUUUAACUGUCCUACAGAUACCGAGUGGGAUCAUGACCUGCGAGAAAAGAAUAUGGACGAAUUCUUCGCCGCUUUCAUGUCGCGCAUGAACCAGCAAGGUCAGAACAGUUUCGGGCUCAAGGAGACCGUUGACCUGUACAAGAACCGAAGUACGUGGCUCUUCAAUCCCCCGAUGAAUCAUCCGGUCAUUAACCAUCUCUCUGAAGUCAAUGAACUUGAAAAAUCCCGCGAUGCAUUAAAUGAGACCAACACAUCUCUUCGUGUUGAGACAGAAACACUGAAGAGCCAACUAAGCGCAGCUGAGGAUGGGCUGAAGGCUGCCCGGCGCGAACAAGAAAUUGCGAUGGACGACCUUGACCGGCGUCAGCGCAUCGAACUGGAAUCAGUUCGACAGGCAGGUAAGCAAGAAGCCGAGGCAUUGAGCAGCCGGCAUCAAAAUGAGCUUCAGGAACUUAAAAGGAAGUUGGAGAGCGAGAUUGAAGAUGAAAAAGCGGUGCGCGUCCGUGAACUCGGUAAAUUAACGUCGCAAUCCGCCUCCGAUCUUCAGAAGACGGAAUUCGAGCUGAGCAAAAAGCUCCGUGAGAUUGCUUCAAUGAACAGUCAACUUGACUCCAUGAAGACUGAGUUGGACCGCGAGCGAAAACAUGUCAAUGACCUCCGUCAGAACCUUGAUACCGCCAGUACCAACAGCGUCACUCUCGAAUCUACGAUUCGGGCGCUGAAAGCCCGUAUCGAGUUUCUCGAAGGUGGCAGAGAAGAGCAAUCUCAGGCUUUCGAGCGCUGCAAUCAGGAGAUGAUGGAUGCUUUGCAGGAAACGGAGGCGAUCCGAGACAAACUACGCAGGGAAGAAACGUUGCGCCGCAAGCUCCACAACCAGGUGCAGGAACUCAAGGGCAACAUUCGUGUAUUUUGCCGUGUUCGUCCCUCGCUGAGGAACGAGGGUCCCACGGACAUUGCUCCAAUGCAAUACCCCGACGAGUUCGAGGAUGCCAAGGAGAUCAACAUCGUGGGCCCCGAAGAAAAGAACAGUUUGGGAGCUGUCCUUCGAAAGAACAACAAUUUCUCGUUCGAUCGAGUCUUUGGCCCCCGUUCAGAGAACGGCGAAGUUUUUGACGAGAUCAGUCAACUUGUGCAGAGUGCCCUGGAUGGCUACAACGUAUGCAUCUUCUGCUACGGUCAAACCGGUAGCGGUAAGACACAUACCAUGUCUUCAACUGAUGGUAUGAUCCCGCGUGCUGUUCACCAGAUCUACGAGACCGCCCAGGGCCUGGAAGAGAAGGGAUGGCGAUACACGAUGGAAGGAAACUUUGUGGAGGUCUACAACGAAAACCUGAAUGAUCUACUCGGCAAUCCAGACGAGCUUGAUAAAAAGAGGCACGAGAUCCGUCAUGACCUGCAGCGCGGCAAGACCUUUAUCACGGACAUUACCACGGUACAAUUGGAUUCUCCUGAAAUGGUGGAAUCUAUCCUCAAGAAAGCAGACGCCAAUCGUUCCGUUGCUGCUACCAAGGCCAACGAGCGUUCUUCCCGGUCUCACUCCGUCUUCAUUCUCAAGCUUUUUGGCGAAAACCACAUCACUGGAGAGCGCAGUGAGGGUACACUCAACCUGGUCGAUCUGGCCGGAAGUGAACGGCUGAGCCACAGUAAAGCGACUGGCGAUCGUCUCAGGGAGACUCAGAACAUCAACCGCAGUCUUAGCUCCCUAGGUGACGUGAUCGCUGCUCUUGGACAAGGAAAGGAAGGUGCUCAUAUCCCGUACCGCAACAGCAAGCUGACCUAUCUCCUUCAAUUCUCCUUGGGUGGCAAUUCAAAAACCCUCAUGUUUGUCAUGGUCAGCCCGCUCCAGGCCCAUCUGUCGGAAACCUUGACCAGCUUGAAGUUUGCCACGAAGGUGCACAACACUCACAUCGGCACGGCCAAGCGCCAGGCGCGUGUCCGCGACUCUUGA